UUUUAUCUUGUUAAAUCCUUCAGCAGAAAUCCUUACUUUUUUACCCAGCUGGAAGUUUCACUGGGCAGGUUCUUCAAAACCAUAGUUUUUCUGUGAUUCAUCCUUUCUAGCCUCGUAGAGCUGCAUGAUGACAAAGAAGCAAGAGAAGAUUAAGGAAAAUGUGGGCUAAUCUGAACUGAUAUUGUCAUUCUGAUGUUGCUAUAUUAUAUUUUCCUAAUAUGAUACAGCUCUGAAAUAUGCAUCCCACCCUGUGUCAGGAGGGGAGUGAGGUGGCUGGCGAAGGUGCUUUGCAGCGAUGGAAACCAAGCAGGAACCGUCCGCCGUGUGGAGUCAGACAGUUAACGACGACUCAGACAAUUCAACACAGGUGCAUUUUGAAGGCAGCACUGUGGCCCAGAUUGUGUACAGUGGAGAUCAGGCAGACCGAGCGGAGCAGCAGGUGGUCUAUACAGCAGAGGGGAGCUCCUACACCUCUGUGGAGUCUGCAGAGCACACACUAGUCUACAUUCAUCCUGCAGAUGGCGCCCAGACGGUGUUUUCAGAUCAGCCACAAGUGGCUUACAUCCAGCAGGAUGGCACCACUCAGCAGGUGACUGUUCUCCUGCCUGGUGGACAGAACGUGAAUGCUGCCAAUCUGCAUGUUCUCAGUAAUGUAGCAGAUGCUCCACAAGCCAUCCUGGAGCCUGUGUCCCAGGUGGAGCAGCUGUCCAACUCUCUCACAGACAUGGGUGACAUCGCAGAGCCUCCCAGUAGCCCGCUUGGAGCCACGGACUCCACAGACGACUCAGACGAAGUGGAGGAUGAAGACUCCGAGAUGGACGACUGGGAGCUGCAACACCCUCAAUCGUUUGACCCUCACGCCCUCUGGUGUGAGGAGUGUAACAGUGCCAACCCUUCAGACUGUCCUCUGCAUGGCCCCCUGCAUCCCAUCCCCAACCGGCCCGUGUUAUCCAAAGCCAGGGCCAGUCUUCCUCAGAUCCUUUACAUUGACCGCUUCCUGGGAGGAGUGUUCUCAAAGAGGCGCAUCCCCAAGCGCACCCAGUUCGGCCCUGUGGAGGGAGCGCUGGUUCCACAAAGUGAACUGCAGGACCACUACUUUCAAUUAAAGCUGUGCAUGCUGGAUCCAGAGAAGGCAGCGGAGAAGUCAAGCGAUGUGUGGUUGGACCUUUCUGAUGAGGACAUCUGCAACUGGAUGAUGUUUGUGAGGCCGGCGCAGAAUCACCUGGAGCAGAACCUGGUGGCCUAUCAGUACGGCUCCGAAAUCUUUUACACCACCAUCAAACACAUCCAGCCCAAGCAGGAGCUGAAGGUGUGGUAUGCAGCCUCGUAUGCAGACUUUGUGAAUCAGAAGAUCCAUGAUGUUACAGACGAAGAGCGGAAAGCUCUCCAGGAGCAGGAGUGGAACUGGCCGUGUUACGAGUGCAACCGCCGCUUUGUGAGCUCGGAGCAGCUGCAGCAACAUCUCAACAUGCACGACGACAAGUUUAGCUCUGUUUCCAGAUCCAGAGGCCGCGGCAGAGGGAGAGGCAGGAAGAGGUUCGGGACAGGGAGAAGACCAGGACGCCCCCCAAAAUUUAUACGCUUGGAUCCACCUGUAGACACCAAUGGGGACAAGGCAACAGAAUUGCUGGAUUUGACAGAGAAGGUGUUGGUGGAACAUGAAGGAGGAGCACAGAACGGGCUGAAGGAAGUGGACAUGGAGCCUGAGGGGGAUGCUGGGACCGAGGACGAGGGUCCACUGGAACCUCCUACCGAGGAACCGCUCCUACAGUCCGAAACACCAUCUGCUAAUACAGACCUGCCUGUUUCCCUAAAGGAAGACCUGGCACAGAGCAGCCAGCCAGAAUCCCAUCUCACCUCCCAGGACAUGCACCGUGCCAAGAAAAUCCGGACGGAUGAGCAGAACGCAGCUCUGCAGCACCUUUUCAUCAGGAAGACUUUCCGUCCUUUCAAAUGCACGCUGUGCGGCAAGGCCUUCCGGGACAAAGACAAGCUGGAUCUGCACCUGAGGGUUCACGGUCGUGACGCCUACACCUUCUCCUGCCACUUCUGCACCAAGAGUUUUGUGAGCGACUCGGCGCUUGAGGACCACCUACUGGUGCACACGGAGAGCCGCUCCUACUCGUGCCUCUUAUGUCCGGAUACGUUUGAAAGGUUGGAGAUGCUGAAAGAUCACGUGGAGGUGCAUUCUGUGGACGGCUACUUCACUUGUCCUUCCUGCAAGAAGACCUUCACAGACUUCAUCCAGGUGAAGAAGCAUAUCCGCUGCUUUCAUUCAGAGAAGAUCUUCCAGUGCCCAGACUGUGAAAAAGCCUUUUGCCGACCGGACAAGCUGCGGCUCCACAUGCUGCGGCACUCUGACCGCAAGGACUUCCUGUGCUCAACAUGCGGCAAACAGUUCAAGAGGAAGGAUAAGCUGCGCGAGCAUAUGCAACGCAUGCACAAUCCAGACAGAGAAGCCAAGAAGUCGGACCGAACCCACCACUCCAAAACCCACAAAACCAAAGUCCCUGCCACCGACCUUGACAGCUUUGUGUUCAAAUGCAGACUGUGCAUGAUGGGAUUCCGACGCAGAGGGAUGCUGGUUAAUCAUUUGUCCAAACGGCAUCCGGAGAUGCGGAUUGACGACGUGCCAGAGUUAACACUGCCGAUCAUCAAACCAAACAGGGAUUACUUCUGUCAAUAUUGCGAUAAGGUGUACAAGAGUGCCAGUAAAAGGAAAGCUCACAUACUGAAGAACCAUCCAGGGGCCGAAUUACCUCCCAGCAUCCGGAAGCUGCGUCCGGCUGCUCCUGGUGAGCCAGACCCAAUGCUGAGUACUCACACCCAGCUGACCGGAACCAUUGCAACAGCGCCGGUCUGCUGCCCACACUGCGCAAAACAAUACAGCAGCAAGACUAAGAUGGUGCAGCACAUCAGGAAGAAGCAUCCAGAGUUCGCCCAGCUAGCUAACACCAUCCAGACCCCUCUGACCACGGCUGUCAUCAGCAGCGCUCCUGCUGUCAUCAGUGCUGAUGGUACCGCUGCAGAGGCAGUAGUGACCACAGACCUGCUGACCCAGGCCAUGACGGAGCUUUCUCAGACCCUGACCACAGACUACCGGACCACACAGGGAGACUACCAGAGAAUCCAGUACAUCCCAGUGUCCCAGGCGGGGGGCGGCCUGUCGCAUCCGCAGCACAUUCAGCUACAGGUGGUCCAGGUAGCUCCGGCCUCCUCUCCUCACUCACAGGCCCAGACAGUCGAUGUGAGCCAGCUGCAUGAUCCUCACGGCUACAGUCAGCACUCCAUCCAGGUCCAACACAUCCAGGUCUCUGAGUCCUCAGGCACUGCACAAGCUGCCACACAGGGAAACAGUCAGCCUCUGAGCCCUGCCUCCCAGCAGCCCAGUCAGGAGCUGAGCCCGGCCCAGCUGACCCCCGUCACUUUAGCUCAGAGUCACACCCUUCAGACAAGCAGCACCCAGCAGCAGGGGACGGUGCAGCACGCUUACAUCCCUGGAAACUGGAACUACCGAGGCUACCCAUCUGAGAUCCAGAUGAUGACGCUGCCUCAUGGGCAGUAUGUGAUCACUGAGCCCAGCACCCCUGUGUCUGGAGUCAACAGCAGCCAGGUGAAAACGACGCACUUCGUUAUCUCUGAGGGUCAGAGUGAGCUGGAGACGAAGCAAACGGCUCCUCAGAGCACAACCCAGGCCCAGACUGAUCACCUGGAGCAACAGCCUGCGGGCCAGCAGGCCCCCACACAGUACAUCAUCACCACCACGACCAACGGCAGCGGCACCAGUGAAGUUCACAUCACAAAGCCAUGAACUCCAGACGUGGAGUUCAGACCAAUCAUGCAUGGACCUUUUUCUCUGGACGUUUGCUCCUAUAAAUGAAGAACAAUGCCGUCGAUCCGUGUGUGUGGAUCUGUGUACAUGUAGAGAUAAAACGCUCCCAGCACAGUUUUAUGUGUCUGAACGUUAAUGAGCUGCUGCCAGAACUUUAUCAGGAAAUAAAAUAAAGCAGAAGAGGUUUCUAUUUAGAAAAGAAUAUAACAAUGAUGGAAUAAACACACUACCUUUAACAACAUGCACUGGAAAAUAAAACUCAAUGGUAGUUUGUUUUUUUAAUAAAUAUUUUCAGUUCUUAUAGGGAGUGGAAGCUCUGUUCUAAUCCAGGUUUGAUAUGUUACAAACACAUUAUAUAGCAUUUUAUUUGUAAAUGACCAGAAAAUCCAGUUAAAUCCCAGUUCUCACCAUCAGUUGGAUGUUACCGCACAGUGUUGUUGAUGAUUUGUGAUGUGAAUCAGUUUACUCUUUGGAGCGCACAGGUCAGGUUUUUAUUUUCCAGCUAGAUUAUUAUAAAUUCAUGAAAUAUGAAUGAGAUAUUUUAAUAUCUGAAUGUGUUGUCAUCAGUUUUUAUAAUAAAUGUUGGAAAAACAAA